AACUUCAUACAAAUUAUGUCAUUUGUCAAAAAUCUGGAAAACUUAACAUUUAGUAAUAGUUUUGUUUAUAGCAAGAAAAGUCAAAAACUCAAGUCGAAGCAUAUGUAUUUACCUUUAAGGAUAACCAAAAUAUUUAAAAGUUCAAACUUUUUUAAAUGCAGGACAUCCUUUGAUAAUAAAUCUAGUUCAUUUUCUAAAUCUAAAAAGAUGAAUGGCGUUAAGCAAAAAACAAAAUACUCUCCCGGCACAGUAACUCUGCAAGUGCUAGGCUGUGGGGCUGAUGGAGCACCUGCCUCGGUCUACCUGUUCACUGAUCAAUCUAGGUAUUUAUUUAAUUGUGGGGAAGGAACACAACGUUUAGCCCAUGAGCAUAAAACAAAACUGUCUAGACUGCAGCAUAUAUUUUUUACGGAUAAAUGUUGGAGCAAAUUAGGUGGACUACCAGGAUUGGCUUUAACAGCUCAGGAUGCAGGGGUUAGCCAGCUUACACUCCAUGGACCAACUGAGUUGAACACUUUGUUUCAAGCUAUGAACCGCUUUGUGGUUUUAAAGAAAAUACAAAUAGAAACAAGAAGUUCAUUGGUCAGCGAUGUAUUCGAGGAUGAAGUAAUGAACGUUUAUGCUGUCCCUAUAUUUCGGUCUGAAAAUAAUUUAAAUGAAAAGAAUGAAAAAGCGUCAACUAUUUCUUACGUUUGCAAAUUGAAGCCGAGACCUGGAGCUUUAGAUUUAAAAAAAUGUGUUGAAAAAGGCGUACCCCCAGGGCCUUUACUUGGACUGUUGAAAAAUGGAGAAGACGUAGUCUUAGAUGAUGGUACAAUUGUUAAAUCUUCUGAUGUAAGUGAACCAAGUUCAGGCGAUCAAAUAAUAAUUUUUGUUGAUAUCCCAAAUGAAGACUGUUUAAAUUCUUUAAAUCAUCAAUUUGAAAACUAUAAAAGUGCCUCUGUUGUUGUUCAUUUUGCACCAGAGCGAAUAGUUUCAACUUCUUCGUAUGAAAAGUUUUUAAAUUCCUUCGAGCCUGAGACAACGCAUAUAUUUUUGAACUCGUCAAACAAAUUUUCAGGUCACUUUGCUGCGCAUAGAUUUCAAAUUCAGUUGAACCAGUUGCACAAAAGAAUAUUUCCACUUCUGGGAGAAGUUCCAAACGCUGAUGAUGUCACUGAAGAAUUCAAACGCUCAAAACUUAAUAACCAAUGCAGCAAUGGAAACAUAAUAUCUUCUGAGCAGUUAGAUUCGCGACUUAUAUCUGAUGCUGCAUCAUUAACCUGCUUUAGACUUCGUCCAAAUAAAGGCUUAGAUAGGUCUAUGGAACUUAAAUAUACACCUGAAGAAUAUUUAAAAGAAACACAUGCAUUAGAAGGCUUUACAGAUGCCCUUCUAACAUUAAGAUCAACCCUAGAAAAUGAGAACAUUGAAAAAGCACCUGAAGAAAAAGUUUUUCCAAAGAUCACAUUUCUAGGAACAGGAUCUUGCAUUCCAAAUAAAACUCGAAAUGUAAGUGCAAUUUUAUUGCAACCAAAAGAUAAUUCGUAUGUCUUACUGGACUGUGGCGAGGGAACCCUUGGCCAAAUAAUUCGGUUCUUUGGGCCACUGCGUUGGCGAGAAGUUGUAAAAAAUAUAAAAUCCAUUUAUAUAUCUCAUUUACACGCAGAUCAUCAUAUAGGUUUAAUAGGUAUGCUUAAGGAGCGAAGUAAACUGCUCGGAACAGAGCAAACGCCUCUCUACUUGUUUGCUCCAUUGCAAAUUAAAUCAUGGCUUAGCUAUUAUAAUGAUAUUAUUGAACCAAUAGCUAAUAGUUACAAAUUAAUACCAAACGCUGAGAUGGUUGAUGUUCCUUAUAUGUCACCCGUUUUGAAAAAUAUGGGUAUUAACUCAAUGUCGACGUGUUUAGUAAGACAUUGCCAACAUUCUUUCGGAGUCUCACUUUUAUUAGAUUCAGUAGAAGAACCUAUAAAAAUAACUUACAGUGGAGAUACGAUGCCUUGUGAAGAUUUAAUUGAGCUUGGUUAUGAUUCUACAAUACUGAUACAUGAAGCCACAAUGGAAGAUGAACUCUUAGAAGAAGCUAAAAUAAAAAUGCACUGCACUAUAAGCCAGGCUUUAAGUGUGGCACAAAAAAUGAACGCCAAGCAUACUAUUUUGACACAUUUUAGUCAAAGGUACGCCAAGUUGCCUAGAAUACCUGAAGGACUCCUUAGUAAUGUAGCAAUUGCUUUCGAUUUUAUGCAGGUCUCAAUGGGUGAUUUGAAAAACUUUUCAUUGAUGUAUCCAGUGAUGAAGUUGAUGUUUUCAGAGCAUUAUGAGGAAAUGGAACGGAAAACACAAAUGCGACUUAUAAAAUCAGAACGAAAACGAAAGUCGAAUACGUAAUGUUAAUUUUUAAAUUAUUUAUGUCUAAACUCGUUAAGGUUUGAAAGUUAUUGUUAUACGCCUGAAUGAUUAAUAAAUUCAUAUAUGUGCUUGAUGCAUAUUUUUUUAUAAAAA